AUGCGCUCAACACUAUCAGUCCUCAGUCGCAACAGCGCGGCAUCCGCCCUACGCACACCUCUUCGCGCCUCAACACCGUUGUCUCAGCGCAUACUCACAUCCACCACCGCCCGUACAAUCUCAACGACCACGCCACGCCGCGAAGGUCCUAAUGUCACCUCACGCGAGACUAUUUUACCUCAAACUCAUUAUGAUCUCUUUCCCUCGCUAGGACCCGAUGCGCUUCCGCCGAAAGGUCCUUUCGCCCUCGAUCUCGGCCUCCUACGCAAGGAAUUCCUCCAACUACAAGCCAAAGCCCACCCAGACCUGGCACCUCAAGAAAAGAAACGUCAAGCUGAAGCUCUAAGUUCGCGCAUCAAUGAGGCAUACAAGACACUUCAGAACCCUUUGUUACGGGCACAGUACCUACUUCAGAUGAGAGGAAUUGACGUCGCUGGCGACGAAACAGCAAAGGUCGAGGAUCCCGAGCUGUUGAUGGAGGUCUUGGAAACGAGGGAGAUUAUUGAGGAGGCUGCAACCGAAGAGGAGCUUCAGCCGUUGAAGGAGUUGAAUGAGAGGAGAAUUGCUGCUAGCGUCGGUGUGCUAGAAGAAGCAUUCCAGAAGGAUGAUAUGCAGGCCGCCAAGGAAGAGGCUGUCAAGUUGAGAUAUUGGAUCAACAUUAGGGAGAGUGUUGAUGCUUUUGAACCUGGCAAGCCUGUCGUUCUGAUCCACUAG